AUGGCCUGCCCAGGACUGGUUCGCAUUUGCGACAUUAUUGUCACAUUUCCCAGGCCUGCUGACUUUGCAAUCGCGAAGCCUGAUCUCGCAAUUGCGAGAUCAGAGUGUUUGCAAGAAAAUCGAAAUAAUGAUCCUAUCAGAGUUGGCUCCAUUCCAGGUCAUUUGGUAAUCAAUCGAGAUCGUGAAGGUACUGAUAGUAAUCUAAUUCUCGAUUAUUUUUCAUAUAAUCCCCGCUUUAGUGAUCGCCAGUUUCAUCGCAGAUAUCGGAUGUCCCAUAAUUUGUUCCUCCGAAUAGUUGAUGAAGUCAAAGGUCAUGAUAUGUACUUUGUACAACAAGCCAAUGCUAUGGGUAGAUUUGGAUUAUCUACUCUACAAAAAAUUACAGCCGUGUUUAGAAUGCUGGCAUAUGGCUUGCCAGCGGAUGCCACUGAUGAAUAUGUGAAAAUUGGAGAGUCGACUGCAUUUGAGAGCCUGAAGAGAUUUUGUCGAGCUGUCGUAGAGGAUUUUGGCGAGCAGUAUUUGAGAUCACCAACACCUAACGAUGUUGCAGGCUUCUGCACACCGGUCGUAGUGGAUCCCCAACAAUUAUUCUUGAAGCUGGCUGAUUAUGACCUUUGGAUAUGGCAUGCAUAUUUUGGUAUUCCCGGCACCAAUAAUGACAUUAAUGUUUCAGAAUCAUCACAAUUGUUUUCCGAUCUUGCUGCAGGGUCUGAGGCGGGUACAUCUGACUAUCAGUUUGGUGCGUGCCCCUGA